AUGUCCGACCCGGCGCUCGCGCCCUCGAACGCGAGCGCAGGCUCGGCGCGCGCCGCGGACGCCGCGCGGCCGUCUUCCGGCGACGCGCCGCGCGCCGGCGGCGGCGACGUCCUCGCGUCGGCGAAGACGUCCGGCGCCAGCGACGUCCUCGCGACGCCCGGCGCCAGCGACGUGAUCGCGACGUCCGGCGCGAGCGACGUCCUCGCCCUGCGACCUGCAGCGGCGGCGACGUCCGACGCGGACAAGAAGCCGACGCUCCGAGACCUGAAACGGCGAGAGAUCGCGCUGAAGCAGAGCCAGCGCGACGAGUACGCGAAGAUGGCGGCCAAGCUCAGCGCCUUGGGCGCCACGGACGCGCACGCGACGACGCUGGCCAAGGUCAAGGGUCUCGACGCCGAGCUCGCGCGGCUCCGAGGCGCGGCGCCGCCCCCGAAGCCGUCGACGGCGGCGGACAAGACCUCGAAGACCUGGCGGCGCGGGAGCCGGGCGCUCGACGGCGUCGCGGGGGAGGAGGUGACCGUCGGCGGCGGCGCGGGGGGCGGCUCGAUCCUGAAGAAGUACAGCGCGACGGCCGCCGCGGCCUCGAAAGCCCCCGAGGAGCGCGGCGAGGGCUUCAUCGUCGGUGCUCAGUGUGGUGAUUUGAGAGCGUCGUUUGUGCUCUGUGCGUUGGACCCCGAGGAGCGCACGCGCCGAGCCGCGAGUUUGAGCGCGCGUUUGAGAGAUGAUUGCGAACCCGCGAGUGUUUGA